UGUGGCCUGCUUUUGAAUUUCUCCCCUCAUCAAGUCUGAAGCCCCAAGGGGCGCUGCCGAUUCCUUGGGAAGAUGUCCCUGUCCUCCGUGUACGAGCACAAAUUUGCUGAGAAGCUGACAAUUCUUAAUGACAGGGGCAAGGGGGUGCUCAUCCGCAUAUAUAACAUCAAGAAGACAUGCACGGAUUCCCAGACCAAGCUUCCUUUCCUUACGGAGAAGGCAAUGGAGUCCUCUAUCAAAUAUAUCAACAAAAAGUUUCCCAAUUUGGACACACGGAGCAGCACGCAACACUUGGGUCCGGUACACAGAGAGAAAGCAGAUAUUUUUCGGACACUCACUGCCUAUUAUCAGACCUUUGUGGAUGUAAUGGAAUUCCGGGACCAUGUUUAUGAAUUGCUGAAUACCAUAGAUGCAAGCCAGUGCUACUUGGACAUCAAUGUGAAUUAUGAUUUCACCAAGAACUACCUGGACCUGAUUGUCACCUAUGUUUCUGUCAUUGUACUUCUUUCCCGUAUUGAUGAUCGUAAAGUCCUGAUUGGUUUGCAUCACUGCACCCAUGAAAUGAUCCAUGGAAUCAGUGAUUCUAGCUUCCGUCGAUUGGGUCAGAUGAUCAUUGAGUACGAAAAUCCCUUGCGCAAACUGCUGGAGGAGUUUGGACCUCAUACCAAGACUGUGAGCCAUGCACUUCUUUCACUGCACUUCCUGUUUGUCCGUCGAAACCAUUCUGCUGACCAGUGGCGAGCUGACCAGCUCUUCAGUUUGAUCAGCAAUCCUGCCAACAUGCUGUCUCCUGCCAGUUCAGACACUAUGGCCUGUGAAUACCUUUCAUGGGAGGUUCUCGAGCGAUGGAUUGUAAUGGGGUUCUUGCUUUGCCACAGUUGCCUGGGCUCCACCCAGAACUGCCUGGAACUUUGGCGGAUGGCUCUUCGUGGCUCACUCUACAUCACACUGAUACGAGAUGAAGUGCUUUCUAUUCACAAGGUGACAGAAGAGGCCUUUAGUGGCAUUAAAGGCUAUGGGAAACGUAUCACUGAUAUUAAAGAUUGUAAAGAGCAUGCUCUACAACAAAGUGGACAAUUACAUCGAGGCCGGCGUAAUUUCUUGAGGAAUGCUGUGCGGGAGAUGGAGGCUAUUCUGGCCAAUGAACCUGGACUGCUGGGCCCCAAGGCAAUUUAUGUCUUCAUGGCUCUGUCAUUCUGCCGGGAUGAGGUUGCCUGGCUGUGCAGACAUAGUGAGCACAAAGGCAAGAACCAAGAGGAAUUCACUGACAGUUACUUGGCCGAGCUGCUGUUUCUGAUGGAAAGACUCCGCAAGUUGCUUAAACAGCACCAAAAUAUCAUUCAGCGGUACCAUAUACAAUAUUUGUCACGCUUUGAUGCCCAGGUGCUUGGUGACAUCAUACAGGACCUGACUGUGUGCCCUGAAGAGGAAUCAGUGAUUAUGUCAGCUUUUGUCAACACACUCACAUCCCUGACUGUCAAACAGGUUGAUGUCAAGGAGAAAUUUGAAUUCAAGGGACUGCGAUUAGAUUGGUUCAGACUACAGGCAUACACCAGUGUCACUAAGGCUCCAUUACAACUGCGGGAGAAUCAUGAUCUUGCCAAGUUGAUGAACCUCAUUGUCUUUCAUACUAAGAUGCUAGACUCUCUGGAAGAGCUCAUAGUGGAGACAUCCGAUCUCUCCUUCUUUGGGUAUCUCUUACCCAAGCACUGUGCACCCACCAUCAGCAAGGCCCGAACCAAGAGGGCUCAAAAAAAAGCUUCCAAAAAGUCAGAGCCAGAAAGGGAUAAACCUGGAGCAGAGAGCAUCCGGAAGAACCGCGGUCUGGUUACAAAUCUAGACAAGUUGCAUCUGACCCUGUCUGAGCUUUGCUGGAGCAUAAACCAAGCAAACAGCAUUGUUGUCUUUGAGCACAUAGUAACUCCAGUGGAGUAUCUCAGUAGCCAGCUGGAGAUCCGACUCAGCAGAUGUUUGGCGCGACUGGUAAAACCAAACCCAGGUUCUCCAGAGAUAGUGCGUCCCACAGAAGUAUUAGCAGGCGUGCAGGCCUAUGCUACUUUCCUGGUGUCCCUGAUGCAUCGUGUGGGAGUGGAUACUUCACACCUCCUCGGUGGAGUGCUCCUGCAGCACACCCAGCCACUGGAUGCAAGUGGGGAGCAGACCAUCACCACGCUCUAUACCAACUGGUAUCUGGAGUCACUUCUACGCCAGGCAAGCAUGGGAUCCAUUGUCCUUUCGCCUUUAUUGCAAGCCUUUGUCAGUGUUCCCAAAGAAGGGGAACAGAUCUUCAGUGCUGAAGAAUUUUGUGAUGUCCUAGAAAUGAGAGCAUUGGCUGAACUCCUCGGUCCUUAUGGAAUGAAGUUCCUAAGUGAUAACCUCAUGUGGCAUGUCACCUCACAGAUGGUAGAGCUAAAGAAACUUGUGACUGAGAAUAUGGAUAUUUUGGUUCAGAUCAGAUCCAACUACUGUCAUCCAGAGCAGAUGGCAACGUUAAUGCCCCGCCUAUCAGGCAUAGAUAAUGUUCUAAAAAGGAUGACAAUUAUUGGGGAGAUUCUGUGGUUCCGAUCAAUGGCACAGGAGGGACUUCAAGAGGUUUUCAGCAACCAUUGCCCUUUCCUGAUGGGACCCAUUCAGUAUCUGAAAGAAUUUGUCAACCCUGAGAUGGACAUAAAGGUGACUUUGAGCAUCUUUGAACUGGCCACAGCUGCAGGACUCACCUGUGACAUCGACCCAGCCCUGGUCUCUGCACUCUCCAACCUGAAGAAAGACAGCUCGUCCCCUGAGGAAGACUACAAGACAGCCUGCUUGCUCCUAGUCUUCAUAGCUGUGUCUCUGCCACUCCUGAUCUCGGAUCCUUCCUCUAUUUACCUUACUGAGAUAGAUGGUUAUAAAAACAAUAUCCACUGCCUUGCCAAAGCUAUCAUCCAGGUGUCGGCUGCCCUCUUCACCAUCUACAACAAAAAUAUUGAGAGCCAUCUCAAGGAAUUUCUGGUUCUGGCUUCUGCUAGCAUCUCACAGGGUGGGCAAGAAGUUGACCGGAUGAAAGCCAAGAACUGGGAGUCCAUCUCAUUGCUCCUGUACUUGCUUGUGGAAGAGUCAUCCUUCUUGACCGUUGAUAUGCUGGAAACCUGCUUCCCUUAUGUGCUGCUGCGAAAUGCUUACCGUGAAAUCUCCCGAAACUCACUUAUGAAUCGUCUCCCUGCACAUUGAAAAGCCUUGCCUUCCGGCCAUCCGUCCAGAUUGCCAGCUCAUCAAUUAGAAUAUUUGGCAGGAGUGGAUAGGAAGGAUAAUGGAUACUUUGUCUCUUUGAUCCUUCAACUUAUUGUCUAAAGAGAACCAGCUUCUUGAGUGCUUAGCUAAUAUUUGAUGGUCUUUGUUUUGGCCAGUAUAUUACUACUAGUCUAAAUUGUAUAACCAUUUGAUAGUUGCCAUCAAAGUUUUCUGGGUAUUUUAUUGGUAGAAUGAGCUAUGUUUUACCAGUUGCAGCUUUUAUGGCUUUUUAAAAAUACCUGCUUGGAUUGACAAGCCCCCAAAUAAACCCCAAAAUGUACAUUCUAGGGAGAAAGAAUAAGUGUAAAUAUUUUUCAACACGCAUUAAUUCUUUCAAUUCAACAAUUGUAAGCUUCUUAGUGUAGGCACCAAUGUUGUAAAAAAUAUAUUCUGCACAUAAAGUUAUAAAUGAAUGAUUAUAGUAAUCACUCCUGGAAAAGAAACAGCCAACGAUCUUGGAAAAUUUAAUCAGCCUGAUUGUUUUUGUUGUUUUUACACUUGAAAACAAUCAUAGGAAUUGUCAACAAGGAAUAGGGAAGACAUUCCUUAUACUAUCUACCCCUUAUGUCCUUUCCAGUCAGAAUAGCAAUUGAUGCACUGGUUUGAGAUGGAUGCUAUAGCCCAAAGCAUUAAGACUGAACUAAUGAUAGGGAAUUAUAAGUUAGGUUUAUACUUGCUAAGCCAUGGUUUCUUUAACAAACCAUCAUAGCUGAAUCAGACAAAACUAAGAGCCUUGACAGAAGGAUGAUCCUUUAGUCAUGCUUGAUAUCUUGGGAUAAUAAUAAAAUUGAAUCCAUCCUCAAAUUUCUUCAUCUCUUUCUUCUCCUGGCCUAAU